UGGUGGCUCCUACAUUUCACUUUCCUUUGGCACUUGGACUCCACACUGUUCCGAACAACAUAAUGAUUUCAACUCUAUCUCCUAAGGGAUUUUGUGGCAACUGUCGAAUGCUAAGCUAAGGACAAGGCUUCAUGAGUGUUCCCAUAACACACACCCAUGUCGCAACCUAACCUACAGGCUAUUUCUUGAUGUGAUUUCAAGCACGUGUACAUAAGGAGACAGGAGAACCUUCUGACUGCUUAUUCAAACUGGUAUUAUUUCUCAGGAAUUUUUAAAGGCUGAUAUUGAUGAGUAAGGAUAAUUUGACUUAAUGAGAUAUUUUUGAGCAGGAUUUAGAGGGAAAAAUUCAUUAAAAUGCAUAGGGAUUACUCAGGUUUUUAUAAUCAAGCCUUGACGAAAAUUUGGUCUUGCAAGCAGGAGUUGUUCAGUGGCUAUGCCCUGGGAAGGUCUCUAGGAAAGGGCACCUCAGCUUAUGCACUGUACAGGGAGAUUAUUAGCAGGGAGGCAAUGUCUGUUCACCAUGACAUCAGCGGUCCCUUCUUGGACAUUCUAUUGUGUCCUAGAGAGUUCUUGGCAUCCUCUAUGAUGUCAUCAGUGUUGUAGUAACCACCAGUGUCCUACUUUUUCUCAGUCCCUGCCUGGCAGAUACACAGGAAGACAUGUUUUCCCGGCUUCGCAAGAAUUUUGGGAGAGUGAACGCUGAUUUUGGACAGACUGGAGUGAGGGAAUCUCGCCUUUCAUCAAAAAUAAAAGAUGGACAACGAAAGCUAGCCUGGGGAAUGCUGAACGAUGGGAGACUGACAUCAUCCCCUGGCCCUGUGGUAAUCAACAAGGAGGCCAACACGGAGAACACAGAAGAGCAGAGACUGAUUAGACAGCUGCAGUCAGCUACUGAGGAGAGAAAUGAGCUAAGAGAUCUCCUGACUUACGUGACAGAGAGAUACAGGAACAACAGGGCCAGCCGCUACAUCAGGUCAAAUCCAUUUUAUGAAAAAUUGAAGAUAAAGGAGAGGGAGGUCAUGUCAUUACUGCACAACUUAGAGAUGAGGAACAUCGAGCAUUGUGAGAAAUUUCAGGAGCUCCAGAAGGAAAUUAACUUCUAUCGGAACCUGCCCAGCCGGAUCCAUAUGGACAAGAUAUGUAUGCAGAAGAAGUUGUUCCCAUUCAGAAAGGAGAGCAAAGCAGAACAGCUUGAUUCUGCACCGCUGCUACAGAAAUUUUUGUUUGAUUUGAACAAGAAAGAUAAAGACGAACAGGAGAAAACCAGCAACCUCCAGACCAAGCAACAUCUGGAUAACACCACUUGAGAGACCACUUGGGAACUGCAUUGCCAUUUUGCCUGCUAGAGGAGAAACAGCAAUAUAACUGUGCUUAUAAAUGUUCACUAAGAAUAUGCUGUUUAGAAAUAUUUUUGUUAUGAUCUUAAAUGAAGUUUUUGUUUUGUUAUUUCAUAGUUAUAUGUUCUUGUUAAUAUUUUUCACAUCUGAAAAUACUUUUAUAUAUUUAUAUUAAUAUUCAUUUUAAUCAUUUUUGUUUUAAAUUGUAUUCCUUAUGAAUAAAACUUGAUUUGUAACUCUUGA